CGCCGAGUACGGGCGAGAAAAAUCCCUCGCAAAAGUGGGCACAAAGGGACGCACGCAGGGCGCUCUUGGCAAGUUGUCCCCAGACCGCGGUCGCGUGCGCUCUUCAUCGGCCCGACGCCAGUGCGAGAGGACAGGCGACGAAGGCGCAAUCCGUUUGCCGCUCACCGCCUCACUUUGAGAGACAGAUUGCCCCAGGUUGAACAUCUCGCACAGUUCUUAUUGGUGCUUUUCUUUGCAUGUUCACUUAGUUCCUGUUUUCGCUUGAGCGUUUAUUUCUCGCUUACUCGCGCACCGACGAAACGUAGAAAAGCCUGGCUGCUCUGCAACGUUCCCAUCUUGAUUCGCCCACAGACAUUUAAGAACCUGUUUCUCCUUCGUUAGAAAACUGUAAACAGUAAUUUAGAGCCAAAAGACGAAGGCUAUUCAAUUUUUCGUGGCAGCAACUUACAAUUAUCCGUUUCGCGUCAGGCGCCACAAUACAUCAACACGAAUGGGGUUCGUCUUAGCGCGUGAUUUGUCAACUUCUGUGCUCGUCGUUACUCUACUGAGCGUGAGCUUCGCCGUGACGGCGGGGGGCGAGUCCUGGAGUGCAAGAAGUCCACGAGCUGCUGCUACACCUUCGGUGAGCUUGGAGGAAGAUGACCUUGCUUUGUCAUCUCAGGAAGAGGACACACUUCCAGACCUUCUGCGAUUCAACCCGACUCUACAGACCGAUAGUCACGUCUACGAUUUCAUGGCGCCGCCGCCGAGCAAGCGGUCGACGAUGCUGCUCAACAAGUUGAUGCAGCCGCUGCUGAAGGCCUUCAAGUCGGACGCCGAGGUGAGCUACACGCCCCCGAUGGAGCUGCGGCGACGAGGCGAAGGGAAGAUGUUCUGGCGGUGCUACUUCAACGCCGUCUCCUGCUUCCGCCGCCGGAAAUGAGGAGCCGCCCCCGCUGGUCCAGCAAUGUCCGGAUGCCGCCUCCAGCGAGUUAUAGGUUUCACGACAGAAGAAUGAUGGCUGUACCUAAAUGCCUGCGAGCAGGCAAUAACUGAGCUCCCCCUUUGAGUUGAAGCUCCCAGAGUUGAGAAACAGCACUACUUAACCGGUUUUUCAAGCGUACUGAAUGCGAGGUUCAAAACUGGCCACCGAGUGGAUACGCAAAGCUGGCUACUGCACCAUACUUUUCAUUGGGUCCGCAAAGUGAUUGGUAAAAUUCCUCCGAAUGUGAUGUGCGACCCCGUGCCCCACGUGGAUUCAUUAUGUGCUGGCGUUCCGUCAAUGUCAUACGUUCGCGCCACCUAUGCGACACAGGGCUGUAGUGCUGAUGGCAGUAAAUCCCCACUGAAAGUAUAGGCCACCGAUAUAUGUUCUUAAUACAAUGUGACGCAUGUAUAACGGCUUUUUCGUGCCGGUAUUGAAGCUUUCAGUAUUAAAGUCUUGUUUUGUUUUUCUAA